UGACCUGGGGCACGUGAUACACUCCUCUCGUCUCGUUCCUGCUUGCUUCAAGACAGUGCUGUCUGCGACUGCAACCGCCUUGAUAGAUUUGGGGAGGGGAGUAGUAGGUUAGUACCCACGGAAUCUGGAGAGAGAGAGACAGAGGGAGAGAGAAAGAGAACAGAGUUGGGCAUGAAAGAUGGAGCUCUCCGCGGUCGGUGAUCGUGUUUUCGCCGCGGAAGCCAUACUAAAGCGCCGCGUUCGCAAGGGUCGUCUUGAAUAUCUAGUGAAAUGGAAAGGCUGGGCACUAAAACACAGCACUUGGGAGCCAGAGGAAAACAUCUUGGAUGACAGGCUGAUUUUGGGUUUCGAACAGAAAGAGCGGGACAGGGAACUCAGUGGGCCCAAGAAGCGAGGACCCAAACCCAAGACCUCAACAUCAAAGGCCCGCAGCCAGAAAGGAGAAACUUCCUCCAGAUCCUCCAACACCCGCCAGAGCGCCCCUCGCUCCUCCUCCUCCGGCAGCCAACCCCCCCCACCCUCCUCCUCCACCUCACACCCCUCCUCCUCGUCAUCGGUGGCGCCCUCCCCCAAACUGAACUCGCUGGCCGCCACCCACAAGCUGAAGAAAGACAUUCGCCGCUGCCACCGGAUGUCCCGCCGGCCGCUGCCCCGCACCGACCCCCUGGCCCCGCCCUGCGGGACGCCGGGGGCCGCGUUCCACUCCCGCCCCGCCGUCUCCCCGUUCUCCGAGACCGUCCGCAUCCUGAACCGGCGCGUCAAGCCGCGCGAGGUCAAGCGUGGUCGCAUCAUCCUCAACCUCAAGGUCAUUGACAAACCAGGAAGUGGAGGAGGAGGAGGAGGGGGAGGGAGGAGCGGAGGGGGAGGCAGAGGAGGGGGCGGGGGAACUAGAAAGCCGUCGUCCGCGAAUCUCUUGUCCGGUCGCCAGAACAUCCCGUCCAGGAACCGCAUCAUCGGGAAGAGGCACGGGGAGGCUCCCUAUAGGCCGUUCCAGCCGCCACUCAAGAUGCUGGGCUUUCCCAUGUAUGGGAAGCCCUUUGGGCUCCAGUGUGGGGGGCCAGGUCCUCUCCACUCACGCCCCGGGACAGGCUCUGGUGCCGGGGCCGCAGGGGCCCGGGACACUUCCUCCUCUGGAGGCUCCCAACCCCAGUACCAGCCGCCGCCCUCACCUUCCAGCUCCAGUGGUUCUGACGCCAACCCUCCCUCCCCGUCCCUGAACCAGGCCGGCCCUGCUGCUCCUCCUGCCCCUGUGCCCACCCCGGGGGCCUCCACCUUGGGGUUGCCUUCCAACUCGAGCCCCCAGGCUGAGCCCAGCCCGGGCCUCCCUCCAGAACCUCAGAAAACCGCGACCCAGGAAGAGGCCGCUCCUGCCCCGUCCGUCUCCUCUAGCGGCCCCAGCCCGGCCCCCGCUGCCCCCUUCCUCCCCUCCUCCCCCUCCCUCUCCUCCGGUUCCUCCCCCGAGGAGGAUGAUGAAGAUGCCCUGGACCUUUCUCGGGAGGGCAAGAGGAAGACGCUACGCAGGCGGCGUCGCCAACACAAACGCCCGGCCGCCUCCGAGAGCACUGCGUCCCCUCUCCCCCGCGACCCUGCCAGCUGCCCUGCUAACCCCGCCCCUGCUGGCUGCCCUGCUAACCCUGUCGCUAACCCCGCCCCUACCGGCGGCCCCCAGAGGGUGCCUGUGGAGGGGGAUCCCGACUGGCGCCCCCAGCUGGCGCCGAGCCACGAGAACGUGGUGGUCACCGACGUCACCUCCAACCUCCUCACCGUCACCAUCAAGGAGUUCCCCUCCCCCUCCUCCCGCCCCGCCUCCCCCUCCGCCCCCCCCGAUAAGAGCCCCCCUGCACCCUCCCCCGCCCCAGGAAACCCCUCCCAGCCCAAGCCAUAGGAAGACUUCCAAAGGAGACGCCAUCGAUUGCCCAUUGUAGCUAAUGCGUAAAAAUACUGAGACUUUUGAAAUACUGCAAUUAUAAUACUCCCCUUUAACUAUUGAAUUAUGUAACGAUAUGGAAUGGAAUGAUUUGUAGUGUAAUGUUACUCCCACACCCAGCCAUGGAAUAGUACGAGAGCUUCUUUCUUUUUUUUUACUGAAACUUGCGUGGACUUGGUAGGCCUGGUAUUAUGGGCUUGGCCUCAUUAAUCCGCAAUCUCGCACAGGAAAACGAAAGCAGCGACGGGAUCCUGGGUGCGUUUGAUUCGGCUCACCUGCCACAAGAGAACCGUGGGUUUGUGUUCACGGAAGUAAUCGUCCGACCCCUCCCGAUGGACAAAGGGGUUAAAUCCAAGUUCGCCUAGUAGGAAGUAAACAAACUGGUUUGGUGAAGUCUGGAGGCGGGGCUAAAGAACCUGCGUCUGUGUUUCGGUCUUCGUUUCACUCAAUUUCAUUGGACGUCCAUCUCGCAUAGGGUUAAAUGAGGUAACCGGCGGUAUUUUGCACUUAGGUUGUUGGACUUUGCAAAACUGCAUCGCCACGUUGAGGUUAUAGCAGGGCACUCCACUGCGUGAAAAAACAAAAUAACCCUACUCUAAUCUUUGUGUGCCGCUCUGCUCAGAUCCAUGGCCUUUUCAUGCUAGAGCUCUCUCCAACGCACAGGCAUAUAUGAAUAUUUAUAUGCACGCACAACGUUUAAAAGCUGCAAAAGAGUAAAUAAGAACGGGGAAGCAAAAUAAGAUCAUGUUAACUUAUUGCUGUUUCUUUUGCCAUGUUUUCCGACGCCUGCCUUUUCCUUCAAAAAAAAAAAAAAAAAGAGAAAAAAAUAUAUAACCCAAAUAAACACCCUUCGAUUUUCAUUCAGAAUGUCUGCCAAGACUCUAAACUGUCUUUGUUUUAGAACUGUAUUUCUGCUGUGGGACUGCAUACAGGAGGGUACUAAACACCGCUUCAGAUCACAUACACACACAGCCACGCUCUUACACAUCCUCUUUAACUAGAGCCGGUCCAGUCCGGUUCAUACCGCUUACCCCAACCGGCAAACCUUUGAGAUGAUUAAGGGAUCCAAGGGUCAUAUUCUAGCCAGGAUCCUCUGGCCAGAACCAUAACAUCCUCUGGCGCUACCCCCUACCACCACCCCGCAACCGCCCCCCUCAACAUUCUCCCUGGUGUUGGCUAAGUGUUUGGUUUCACCAGGGUCCAAAUGCGUAACGAUGAAUUCCUACGGUGCUCUCGAUUCAGCUCACCGACAGAGCAUUCACAAAAGUGCUUAACUCACGUUUAAAAUCUAAAAGCACCUUAUCCAUUUGACCCGAGUGUGAUGUCUGUACUAUAUCAACAAUAAUAAUAAUGUCAACCUUCCGCAUGUGUUGCCUUAGUUACGCUGUCCCUCUAACCACUCGUCGUCGGGGGCCCCGUUCUCCUCGUCUCCCUCCGCACGCCCAAUCCUUCCAACCGCUCAACUAGUCAAAUAGACCUAUCAAAGUCCUGUUUUGUACAUCCGGCAUGUACCGUGCCGAUCUUACAGACCUAUCCAUCAAUGGUGGUUCUAGUCCUCUUUCAACUAGGAGGGCCAAGCUGGGACCAGUUGUACUGUUACAGGGGCUAGUUACAUUAAACAUGAAUAUUGUCACGUAGUUUUUGUCACUGCAUUGCAGGCAUUAACAGACAAAAGACCAUGUGUAUAAUGAUUCAGACUCAACAUUUAGGGGGGACACACAAGGGGGUCCAAGCUUGUUGUCACAGGGGCACUGCCCCCCCCCCCCUGGCCCCCCUGCUAGAACAGCCCCUGCAUCCAUCCAUCUGUAGCCCUCUCCGUGUCCGUUAUGUGCGGUGCCGUGAUCGCCGCGGACGGGGGAGAGCGCAGCCCCGUGAUCGCAUCGUCAGUACUGUAGCUAGAAGGUUCUAGUCGUCGUCGUCAUGGAAACUGUAUGUACCUAGAAGUAGCACCACUGAUGCACUUGUCGUAACGCUACAUAAGGGUCUUGGGAGUCCACAGACCAAGAUGAACGUAAAAGGUUAAAACAGUGAGUGUAAAUGUAUACUUUUUUAGUUUGUUCCUUUCUCUCUGUCUCUCAAUGAAGGGAUAGCACAACUCGACAUAGUGGCCUAUAUAAGUACCAAAUAGGGCUUUGAAAAUUACUUUGAAACUUUGUUUUUAUGACUUUUGGGAUGUAAAUUUUGUGCCAGUCAUCAUGGCACUUUGUUAAGUGCGGAAGGAACAUUUGUCUAAGAUGAAAUCUUUUGUGUACUUUGAACCCUAAUAACCAUUUGUGUUUUGAUGGAUUUUUACUUUCUACUUUUAAUACCUUUUUAAUUAAGCAUAAUGUGAUGUUGAGUUUGUAUUUCAUUUUUUUGAUUGAUGCCAUUGUUGUUGUUUUUGACAGUCCAAUAUGGGUUUGAUCGGAAGGAAGACCCUGGAGUAGUGAAUUUAAUAACGUGUGAAAAGACUGCAUUUUGUCUUGUGAUAAAUGGUAAUAUGAAUUGUCAAUUGUAUUGAUGGUAAAAUGAUCAAGAUGAUGAUAUUCUAAUGUAUCUGAAGCAUGUUUUUGUAAACCCUUAUUGUACAGGUGUCAAGUUCCGGUUGUUGCUUUCUGUGUGUGUUUCUCCAUAAUGAGGCUUUUCAUUAAAAACAACCUCUAGUUGUUAUCAAGUGUG